CUUGCAUAGUUGGACAGAUGUUGCGGGCUUCUUUUUUCUAGCAGGAUUAAUUGCAACGUGUAUCGCAUAUGCAGUCUUGUUAUCUUGUGUGAAUUCGGGGCAACUGGUAGAGAAGAUGUUCUGAGAAGAACCAAGCCGCAAGAUGCAACAGCGUUUUCGCGGAGAACGACGGCUCCUGAGAUUGAUUUUCUGCAUUUAAGAUGAACGACUCGUCGAAAAAGCGCAAGGUGCCCGCCGAGAAGCCUACAAAUCGAAAAGAUCAAUUAAACAAGAGGCCCAAAGUCGACCACCGAGCCAAACAACGAGAUGCCCGUACGCUCUCCACACAGGUCUCGUCGAAAGCGUUCAAAAAUGGCGAGCUUGAUGUCGACAAAUUUGUCAAGGCUCGCGAAUAUGAGAUUCGUGCGCUGGAAGAGGGUAUGUCCCGAAGCAAGUUAUCGGGUAAUAAGAGAGCCUUCCAGCAGGUGCCAAAAGAUCUACGUCGGCGCACGGCCAGUCAUAAUGUAAAACGAGUGCCCAAACGGUUACGAGUGAAAGCGAAGCGCGAGAUGCUCGAGGACAGUACACCGACAGUGACGGCACGAAGGCGGAAGCCCACAAGGCAUAUGCGAUUGCGGCUCGAGACAGUCAAAAGGUUACGCGCCCUUAAUUCUACCAAGAAAGGUAAAGCUGCGACCAAAAACAGUGAGAGCAGAGAUGCAACCACAGUGUCGGGCCAAGAAACGGGCCUAUCAGGCAAUGUAGAGAUCGCCACAAAGAACACAGUCCGAAAGCCCAGGUUGAAAAAAGCCAGCCUUGCCUCACCACCUGUAGCCAAGGCGAAAUUUAGGAAGCGACAAGUUCAUAAAUCAUGGCUUCCCACACACAUGUUUCACACAAAACGAGCACAUAUGAGCUUGCCUAGUCAGCCGUUGUGGAGGUUUGCGAUCCCGCUGAGCCCGACAAUCAAGUGUUAUCGACCGACACACCGAUCUGCUAAUGAGCGUGGCGCGAUCGCCUGGGAUACGAGCUAUUUUGCGACCAUCGGCUUGCAAGGUCAGCAGCGAAGUAUUGAUGGGCUUCUCAGAGCCAUGGGUGUUUUAGACAUGGGAGAUGAUUGCCGGAGCCGUCGGUGGCACAAAGGGACUCGAGUCUGGGAGGGAUAUUUACGUGAGCGUGAGGACCAACACAAACUUAUCGCCCCUGCUACGGUAAUAUGGGCAGUAGAAACUUCAGAUCCAAAGCAGCAGAAAGCGCGCCCGACAGAAGAGCACACUCGCAAGGUACUCCUCAGAAUCCAUCCUUCUGCGUUCAUGCAGACGUGGGAAGAAUUGCUACGUCUUUCCAAAGUGGCAAAGCCACAAGUCAAGGUCGAAGAUUUGCGAUUCGAAAUUGGCAGCAUCGAGAUCACGGGUCCCGGCGCAACCGAGACGCUUCUCGGCGCGUUGUGGCCUACAAAGACUCAUGAUGCCAGCAAAGCGACACGCACUGCGGAAGAUGUUUGGAACUCGCUCAACGGCUUGAAUAAUCCCUCAAUGUUGCCGCAGAAUGCGCUGCUAGCCUUUGACAUACAGGAUCCGCGUUUGCACCAUCCACCUCGUACCAUCAAACCACCAACAUCUAGCGAGCAUGAGCUGGACUUGUUGAACGUUCUUGCGGAAUGGCCGGUGGACGAAACACACGAGGCAGCGAAAAUUUUCGAUCGUCAAGCACGGCUGAAAGCUUCCUCAUCACUGCCGAGUCAAAAAGCCAUCAACCGUCGCCGAACUUUGGCAGUCCCUGGUCAAUAUCCAGAAAGUCUAGUAAAUGACCCAUCGAUCCCUACCUUACUAUACUGCGUUGCCGACUCUGCCAAAUCGCCCGCCAAGUGGGUUGUACUAUUACCUUGGAGGUGCGUGCUGCCUGUGUGGUACAGCAUAAUGUACUAUCCGCUAUCGAGCGGUGGACAACCGCGCUUUGGCGGUCUUCAGCAAAUUCGACAGCUCGCGUUUGAAGCUGGUCGCCCAUGGUUCCCUGCAGACUUCCCAGGGACAGCUGCGGGUAUGACAUGGGAGUCAUCAGAGCGGAAACGGCGGGAGGAUGAGUGGCGCCGAAGACCAAAGAGUAAGAGAACCAACUGGGAUGCCGUGGAUCUCGGCGAAGGACGUCGAGGUGAGAUCGGAAUUGGCUGGGCGUGCGAUUGGGAAAGAUUGGUGCUCGGUGCGCCAACGAUCAGGUCCGAUAGCAAUCCAGGCGACACCUCGCCCGAAGGUGCGACUGCUGCCGACCAGCCCAGAGAAUCAUCAACAAGCCCAAAAUUCAUCCAAGUGCCUCGAGACGACGUAAAAGGUCCCCUGCCGCUCAAUGCUCUUGCAGCAGUCAGCAUCAUCCUCACAAAUCGCGGCGUCCCUGAGACCUGCGCACGCAUAUAUCGUUUGCCGACCUCACCAUUCCAUCGCAAGCAAUGGCUAUCACUACGAACAUCCGGCGGCAAGCAACAAAACCGUGCUCGAAUAGGCAUUCCCAGGAUCGCCGACGACACUCCCCCUCACAUCGCGCAACAGCGCCUCGCACAGAGUCUGCUGGCGCCGAUCCGGCCAGGUCAAUGCGAUUAUCCGACUUGUCCCGGUGAAGAAGAUCUCAUCGGAUUCGUGACCAGCGGAAAUUUCAACCUGGGCGAAGGAAAAGGUACCGGGGUUGGGAAUAUCCUGCUAUCCAAAAUUCCUCGUGCGUUGAAGGGAGAGGCUGAGAUCGAUCGUUGGUGUGUGGUCAGGAAUGCGGGCGAGAGUAUUGGACGGCUUGCGCAGUGGACGUUUGCAUCAUGACGGCGAGAUGGACAAGACGAAAUCUUCGUGACUUGCAAACACUGCUCUGGGAUGCAAAUAUGCCGGGAUGAACGAGGGGAGCUGUCCUGUGCAUCUACAACUUCGACGUAGAAAGCGCAAUGCAUAGUGUGAAUUUCCGGUUGUCAGGACUGGUCCGUGAUUGUCGAAAUGCUGCAGAACAGACUUACCUGUCGGGCGUCGAGGACCAUCGAGGCAUGUUGAUGGUUGCUCAGCCAUUUGAGACCGCAGGAAGAUUCCGUCUACUUAAAGCGGCAAUUACCGUGUCAUUUCACAUUCGCUUGUACACCUGG